AUGACACUGUACGGGAACGGUCAGCUGGUUCUAGAAGAACAGUACGAUGCUUCCUAUCGAUUCACCGAAAAAGAAGUUCUGCGGUAUGCCCAGUCCAUCGGAAUCGAUCCGAUCAACGAACCUGAGUUAAUGCCUUUGGCGUACGAGGGUCUGAAUGCACCACUACCCAGCGAGUGGAAACCGUGUGAGGAUAUAAAUGGUGACAUUUACUACUUCAACUUUGCCACUGGUGAUUCUAUCUGGGACCAUCCUUGUGAUGUUUACUACAGACAACGGGUUGCACAGAUAAAGGAACGCAGAAAACGAACGAAUUUAAAGCAAUUACAUCGAAUUUACCCAGGAUCCGUAACGGAUGUCCGAGUAUCUCAAACAUUAAAAAGACCACCGAAGAAUCGAAAAUACACCAGUAUGGACACACGGCACGUGGGCGGGAUCUCAGCACUCACAUCUGAGGAUGGGUUACACAAUCAGCGUACAGCGCUCUCCGGACGGGCUAUGAGUUUGCAAGAUGUACGCAUCAGCUCAGAAGACAUUCCUGUCGACAGCCUAGACACGUCGGGUGUUGUAAAUGACUUUGAGUUCCUCACAUCGAGCAACGGUUUGAAGACUAGGUACCGUACCUCUUAUUCAUCGCUUGACCCUGUAACAACCCUAAACGAAGAACAACAGCUGUGUUCCGCCUCUACAGUUGGAAGACAUCGUGGGCCGUCGAAUCUUUGGAAAGGUGCCACUCUUCCAGAUAUCCGACCAAGAAGCCGUCCAAACGAUUUUCCACAUGAUACCUUAGGCGAUCCACUUCGUGCUCGUUCAGCGCAAGAUACGUUGCAGGAUGUCCCCCAUAUAAAAGAUCUCCGAUUUGUGAGGGUAAAGAGAAUGAAUGAGCGCCUCACUACACCUGAUUAUGUUCCAUUAAUUGAGCUCGGAAACAACAGGCAUUCGGUGAGCUCUCCUAUUCCGGAAGAAUCAGGCAACAACUCUUUGAAUAACAGUUGGAACUUGGAUGUAGGCGAUACCAAUGCUCAAAGUGGGGUAGUGGAUACGAAUCUGGAGAUCUCGACAACAAAAACCAUUAAUGGCACCACUUGUGAAACACCGCCAAGUUAUGGGGGUAAGCCUGUUGGUGCUAUUACUACCGACAACGGACUAGAGCCUUCUGACGCUGAUAACGCAGACAAACAAUACAAGCACAGUGACACUUUGGGAAACCAAUACUUCGAAAGAAGAAAUCACCAUGUGUGUGAUGUUUCAGAUAGACGUCGCAGAAUGCGACAACGUCCUCGGUCAUCAGUGGCAGCCGAUGCAUGUCCCACUUCCCAGCCUGGAGCAACACGGUCCGAUGUGUUUCAUGAGCCUUGGGAAACUGGAAACCGGCGUCCAGUCAACAUUUCGGGAGUUCGCUGUAAGGGUGAAAGCCCCAAUAACUUCACAAACGACCAGCGUUCAAGACUGAUUAAUGGUCAACCUUAUCCUGCGAUGCAACACCAGACAAGGGAAUCCAUCCCGAUGUCUGCCGACCCUUUAUUUCACGAUCCUUUUUUUGACAAUUCCUCGUACUUCAAUCGUCUUUCCCAGGGUAACACAACUGAAUCACCUGUCGUUCUGCAACAGAUCCUUGCUUCUCUUCAGGAAAUAAGCCUGAACCUGAACCGGAUUUUCGCCCAAGAAGCUGACCAGCGACGAGUGGCAUCAAUGCUUGACGUUUCGUAUAUCCCCAGUGGAACUGAUCAGGUGGAACGGGGACGACCUUACAGUCCACUCGCAGCGAUGCCACGGAAUAAUAUGUCUUCGUCACCCUACAGACAUAGCCGACAGCUAGACUGGGACAGAAUUAUGUUGCCCACAAGGUUCCGGCGAAAUCAACAGUUCAGGCCAGUUGGGUACGUUGUACCGCGUCCCGAACAACGAGCUCGAUCUGACACACGAAGACAGAUAGAGGAACACUUGGAAUGGCUACAGAGGGCACGCAAUGACUUCCAAGAAGUCACCUCAAGACGUCAAAACUGUCAAGAUCAAACUGUUGGCUACAUUGGUGAC